AUGCGCGGCAUCCAGGUCACCAAAUACGUCAAGGCCCCGUCCGAGCUCAGGGUCAGCGAGCUCGCGGACCCAGCCCCGAAGCCGGACCAAUACGUAGUCGCCAUCCACGCGACUGCCUGUAACUUCUUCGACGUGCUGCAAGUCCAGGGCAAAUAUCAGACCCAGCCGCCGUUCCCCUGGGUUUCCGGCUCUGAAUUCGCUGGCGUCGUCAUUCACGCGCCCGCCACCCUCUCCAAUGGCGGCACCCCCAAGUACAAGGUCGGCGAUAAGGUCUUCGGCGGCUCGCAGGGGGGCUAUGCUACCAAAAUCGCUGUUGACGAAGACAAGAUCCUGCCAAUGCCCACGGGCUGGAGCUUCUUCGACGCAGCCGGCCUCUUUGUGACCGCCCCGACCAGCUAUGCCGGCCUGGUGAACCGCGCGAACAUCAAGGCGGGCGACUACGUGCUGAUCCACGCCGCAGCCGGUGGCGUUGGACUUGCCGCAGUCCAGAUUGCAAAGGCAUUUGGUGCCACUGUCAUCGCUACGGCAGGCACUACGCGAAAGCUGGAGGUUGCCAAAUCCUUUGGCGCCGACCACGUCAUCGACUACCGGCAAGAGAACUGGCCGGAUCUGGUCAAGAAACUGACGCCAAAAGGCAGAGGCGUGGACAUUGUCUACGACUCGGUCGGUCUCAUUGCCCAGUCAAUGAAGUGCAUUGCAUGGGACGGGCGCCUUCUGGUCAUCGGGUUUGCUGGAGGGCCGAUUGAAAAGGUCGCAACCAAUCGCAUCCUGCUGAAGAACUGCAGCGUUGUUGGCCUCUUCUGGGGGGCGCAGGCCGCCCGCGACCCGGCUGUUGCUGCGAAGGUAUGGCAGGGCAUUUUCGACCUCAUGGAGGCCGGCAAGUUCAGAGGAACCUGUUUCACAGAUAAAGAGUUUGUUGGCCUCGAGAGUGUGCCUGACGCGUUGGGUGCUUUGGCCGGGAGAAACACGUGGGGCAAAGUCGUGGUCAAAGUUCCGCAAGGGAGCCAGAGCAAGCUAUAG